AUGUUUUAUGAACAGGCAUUCCACGGUACGUAAAAUCUCACAAUUACAAACCUUUAGAUUGUGAAGUAGCAAUGAUUGCGGAUGACAUGAAGAUAUGGAGUAUAAUUCGGGGUCCUGCCGAUGAAGACAGACUGCAGAUGAACCUGAAUCGGUUGGAGGAGUGGUUAAACCGUUGGCUCCUGCGGUUCAACGUUGCCAAAUGUAGCAUACUUCGCCUAGGCAACACAGCCAGAUCCGCCAGCACAAGAGGCUACUUUCUGGGCGGUGCAGCCCUACAAGAGGUCGAAGCCCAAAGGGACCUCGGUAUGCUUACGACGAGUUCCCUAAAACCAUCCGCCCACUGUUCGAGGGUGGCAAAAAGCGCAAUGUCCGUACUGUACGCCAUCAGGCGUGCGUUUAUAGACUUUGACGAAGAAGCUUUCUCUAAGACAUUCGGAACAUUUAUCCGGCCGCAUUUAGAGAACGACAUACAAGCUUGGAGGCCGUGGGCUGUUGAGGAUCAAAACUGCCUCGAAAGAGUCCAGAGGAGAGCAACGAAGAUGGUCAGAGGUCAAAGCUCCUUUCUUUAUGCGACCCGCCUAGUAAAUCUGAACCCUUUUUCCUUUGAGUUACAGGCAACUUCGCGGAGAUCUCUUGCAAGCCUUCCGCAUUGUAAAGGGGUUGGAUUGCAGUCUGGCCUUCGAGGACUUUUCUGAAUUUGCUACCACGACCAAUCUCCGAGGUCACCCGUUAAAAAUGUGCACUCAGCAGGCACGGCUGGAUGUGCGGAAGUUCGCCUUCUCUGUUCGGGUGGUCAAACCAUGGAAUGAGCUUCCCGCAGAUGUUGUGAUGUCACCAUCUAUACAAAGUUUUAAGAAGAAUCUGGACAUAUUUAUGUUCCGAAAUGGCCAAGAGCGAUGAGAAGUCGAGCUCACCCCCUGUAACUCCUUCUCAUUUUGUCCCACCAUUAUGGGCGUAUUUGAACUAUUUCAGCUCAGAACGUUUAUCUGUACACCACACAUUUUUUACGUUGCAAAUAGGGUACUCAAAGGCUUACGCCUAUUUCCCUCAAUAAACUGAACUGAACCUAAUUCUACCCUCUCUUACCGUAUAAAAGUGGUAGAGGACGUAAUUUUUUUUACUAAACAAAUGAAAGAAUGAAUAUUUUAUGCAUGUUUUCCAUGAGAUAUAAUUCAAUUUUCAAGGGCAUCGAAAAUAAAUGGUAAAAUUGAUGCUACUUAAGUAGUCAUUUUUUACAGAAUGUGAUUUUUUGUAUGUGGGCGAAAUAAGUCCAUUCGAAGGCCGGCAUCCCAAGGUAACUGAGUUAUUAUAAGAUUAUGCUGUAAGAUGAUUAAUUUUGCAACGCUACGUAGGUAAUCAUUUCGAAACGAAAAUACAUUUUAAAAUUUCGAUAAACAGUUUAUGAAUUAGUCCGCCUACUGUCUGUAAUCUCCUGAGAUCUAAAACUACUGUUGGAAUUUCUGUAAAUGUUUAAUGCGCCAACACAUUUAUAGUAUACUGCAGCUACUGCGAUCACAGGAAAACAAAGUUUGUUUUCUUGGCGUCCCGCACUCUCACUCGAACCCAUCAUCAGAGGCGACCGCAUACGGGUUGGUGUGAGAAUCCGUGACGUAAAGUCAGUAAACUUUCUGGUUUCUCCGACCGGAAGACAGCUGCGAACGAGAAUGGCCGAACACGCGGCAGCGGUGCGCAGAAAUGACGCCAGCUCUCAAGUUGCGGCUCAUUCGACGAGAUCCGGCCACACAUUUAAAUUCGAUGAGGCCGAAAUUCUCGCAAGGGGUGACAACCGAGUGAGCCGGGAGCUACUGGAAUCAUGGUUUACUGGCCCCCAGUCCAUCAACAAGUGCAACGAUCUUCCCAUUCAAUACAGCGUGCUGAGACUUCGUCUAGGCGGAGUAAUUGGCCACGCGGGGAGCGCACUGGUGAACACUCUUCCCAACACCCGGGUCAACGCGUCAGAUGGUCGAGCAAUCAUCACGCCAACAUCCAACGCACGUGAUGAAAUUGCAGCAAUUAUCGACUCGAAUGUCGACCAUCAAGCUAUGAUCACACCAAGUGUGACAAUACCGGAUGAAGGGGGAAGCCGUGAACGUUCAUAGGUAUGCGGUAGCAUGGCUGCUGCAUCCUAUAAAUACCGCAGCCCCUUGUGCAACAACCACCCGUUUCUGCUCUUUUGUCUCUGAUGAUGGAUUCGAGUAGGAAUCCGAAACGUCAGGCUAAUAAAGCUCUUGUCCCGGCGAUCGUGUCUCCUUCUUCAAGACUACUUCCUGGGACUCGGCUCUUCGCUUCUAUUAGUAGGUCAUUUCCCUACAUGUGUAAACGUCUGAUACUGUUAUUCAAUUGCAUCGUACAGACGUCAUGUCAUCAACAGGUUUUUUAACUGAACUACGUUACCUUUAUUGCUUCCGUUUCAUCAUAUACUUCGCUAAUCAUUUCCCACCAAAAUCGGUUGGUUUCUUUAUUAACCAGUGCUUUGAGAGUUUUGGAGUGAGCGUAAUCACCUUUUCAACAUGACCAUAUCAUGCAGGCUCCGCUAACCCUUAAUUUGGGUUGGAUAUGCCUCUCAAUACAGGAUACUAACUAUUACGUUCCCAUCCUACCCGUUCAUAGGCAUAUCAUAGUUAGCGAACUUGCCUUACCCAAUCCGCUGUUUCCCUCCCUCGCUCGGUCUUCUGACACGGAAGUGGUGGACGUUCGGUGGAUAGCACAAUGGCGUUCUUUGACCAUAGCCAUUAUCGCAUACCCGAUGCCUCCAGGUUGUUGCUCUUUCUCCGAGAAAAAGGCAAAGCCGCAGCCCUGAACUUCUUCUGUACAGCACUAAUAAAUCACGUACUCAUACCUGCCGAUUGGCCAGUCCGCAGGUUAAUACGGUUUACGCUCUAACUUGGCCAACAGCGUGAAUGCAUGACGCGCCAUGUCACAUUCUGUCUUCCCGUAGGCUGCUUUCUCAGUCUCAAUGUAAUUUACGAGGCUCUUUCAAUGCACUAAAACAAAUUUUGGUGUAAAUGUAUUUUUUUAAUUAUCGCGCACUAUAUUUAUUGCUGGUCGGCACGUUUUAGACGACCCACCCAUAUAACUCCUCCUACCAAUCAUCCCCAAAAGAAAGGUGGACAGGGGAAAAAGUUUUCUUAAGUGUUGCGACAGUGUAUUCCCGCCGGAAGUUUAAAUGAAUCAGGAAUUUCUGUCAUCCAGAAUACAAAGAGUCGUCCUCAGUAACUCUACCUCGAAAUGGGCAAGGUGGAAAUUGGUGUCCCACGGAGUUCUGUUUUGGGUCCAGUACUCUUUGUGUUUUAUGUUAAUGACUGCAUCAGCUAACUGGAUUUCGAGGCCCUCUUGUUUGCGGACGAUAUAAGAAAAUGGAGUGAAGUCAAGUGCGAUGAUGACGCAAAGAUAUUGCAGUCGAACAUCGGCAAACUGUGUUUGGUCGGACAGGUGGUUUUUGAAAUUUAGCGUGCCCAAGUGCACCCAAACACCGGCUGAAAUGCGUCUCCCAAAAAUCAGUACUUUAUUAACGGAACAGCAUUAGAAUCUUUAGAAAGACGCAGAGGUCUGAGUGUAUGAACGACCACAAAUCUACUUCCAUUAGAAAACCGUAGAAAGAUGGUCCAGAAGGCAACUAGUACUUUACACUAGAUCAGGCGUGCAUUUAAAAUAUUUCCUACCGAUCACUUUUGAAGACUUUUCGACGUCUUUGCUAUACCCCACCUGGAAUAUGAAAUGCCAGAGGCUUCACCAUUGAUUAGAAAGGAAAGUGACGUGCUCGAACAGGUGCAACGAAGAACAACGAAGAUGGUCGACGGUCUAAAGCAUUUGUCUUACCUGGUGAGGCUGAAUGUUCGUGGCUUAUUCACUCUCUUUUAUAGGCAACUAAACUGCGGACUACUCUGGACAUUCCGGAUUGUCCGUUGCCAAGGUUGCUCAUACAGUACGGAGGGCUUCUUUGAGUUUUCCCUUACAAACUAAUUACACGACCAUCCUUACAUAGUAAAAAGUUAACGCACGCGGCCAGGCCGUAGGAAGUUUCUUUUUAGCCAACGUACUGUUCAACCAUGGAACUCACUGUCAAGUGAGAUCGUGACGUCCUGUGUACAACUUUCUGUUUUGCAUACAUAACAUUGGCGACGCAGCCUAACGAACAUGUCUUCAUUGCUGUGUACACCGCAACCUUUCUGGCCAAAUAAAACUCAGAAACCCUUAAAUGGCGCGUGGUUGCAAUGGUGAAAGACAUUUAAGUAUUACAUCAAACUGUAGGUAUAAGGAGAUCAAGGCAUACAAGUUCGAGCACGCGAUGCUCGUUCAGCAGUUGAUCGUUGGUUUGCGCGAUGAAGAAGCUCAGGAAACUCUCCUAUCGGAGAAAAGGGAUUUGGAAUGGGAGAAAGUCUGUGAUAUCGCCAGUCAUCAGGAGUGGGUGCGGUAAAACCUUCAGCAACUGAAUCAGUCAAACGAUGGAGUGAUAGCAUCCUUGGAAUCUGAAAUGGCUGUCUCCCCAGUCAAGACUGCUGUUUCUUCACCUAAACAGCAACCAUCAGCUCCCUUAAAACAACCACCAUCCUGCUGCCGUUGUGGUCAGACUGUAGACAACAGAAGACAGUAUGCCAGUUUUACAAGAAAAUCGGCCACAUCGAACGAGUGUGUUUCUCCAAAAGACGAGAGAACAAUAGUACGCAUGCGACCUAUCUUAAUCCAGCUGGGGAUGGCGAGACGAUACUUCGAAUUUUUUCGGCCAAUCGCCCUACACCAUCACGCCUCCCUUUGAUGGCCAUCCCAUGAAGUAUAGAAUCGACACUUGCUCAGCUGUUACUCUCAGCAGUGAUGCCUCUAUCCAGAAACUAUCUUCCCUUCUUCCGGCUAGCUAGAAAUUCUGUAGUUAAACUGGAUAGAACGUAGAGGUUCUAGGGGUCUUUGCGACCAAAGCUGAGCAUGAGGUGAACUUCAUUACUUGUUGGUUCAGUUCAGUUCAGUUUAUUGAGGGAAAUAGGCGUUAGCCUUUGAGUACCCUAUUUGCAACGUAAAAAAUGUGUGGUGUACAGAUAAACGUUCUGGGCUGAAAUAGUUCAAAUACGCCCAUAAUGGUGGGACAAAAUGAGAAGGAGUUACAGGGGGUGAGCUCGACUUCUCAUCGCUCUUGGCCAUUUCGGAACAUAAAUAUGUCCAGAUUCUUCUUAAAACUUUGUAUAGAUGGUGACAUCACAACAUCUGCGGGAAGCUCAUUCCAUGGUUUGACCACCCGAACAGAGAAGGCGAACUUCCGCACAUCCAGCCGUGCCUGCUGAGUGCACAUUUUUAACGGGUGACCUCGGAGAUUGGUCGUGGUAGCAAAUUCAGAAAAGUCCUCGAAGGCCAGACUGCAAUCCAACCCCUUUACAAUGCGGAAGGCUUGCAAGAGAUCUCCGCGAAGUUGCCUGUAACUCAAAGGAAAAAGGGUUCAGAUUUACUAGGCGGGUCGCAUAAAGAAAGGAGCUUUGACCUCUGACCAUCUUCGUUGCUCUCCUCUGGACUCUUUCGAGGCAGUUUUGAUCCUCAACAGCCCACGGCCUCCAAGCUUGUAUGUCGUUCUCUAAAUGCGGCCGGACGAAUGUUCAUGUGGUAAGAUGAAGCAGGCAAUCAAAUCUCCUCGGACGGGACUGGAUUAAAUGUGUCCCUUCCGUGCUAUCCUACGUACAUCUGAUUGGUGCAAAUCGGGCGUUAAAUUUCAUUUCGGUAAAUCAUAAGAAUCUAUUUCGUGACGAUUCUGAUACCCACUACCGCGGUCCGCCUGUUAAGUUUCAGUCUAAAUCACAUUUUCGGUCCCGAUUCUUCAUAGAUCGUAAAGUAUCCUAUGGGGUCGCACCGAAGGUCGGAGAAGAGCUGGAUCGUCUACAGAAAGUGGACACUAUCGAGCCUUGCAAUAUUCGAAAUGGAUAGCUCCGAUAGCUCCUGUUCUUAAAUCGGUGGUUCUCUGCGUAUCUGGGGCGACUACAAGUUGACGAUUAACCCAGCAACUAAAUUAAACCCUUAUGCUCACCCGCGCAUCGAGGAUCUGUACUCAUACUUCUCAGAUGGUCAUCAGUUUACAACUAUGGACCUGAAGAAUGCUUACACCGAAGUCGUCCUAGAUACUAAAUCCCGUGACGCCACCACCAUUUAUACGCAUCGGGGUUUGUUUCGAUAGACAUACUACCAUUUAGAGUAAGUUCGGCUGCCAACUUAUUUAAAUACUUGAUUGGUAACCUCGUGAAUGAUAUGCAUCACGUUUGCGCAUAUCUUGACGAUAUGUUAUAUGUAUAUGUAUAUAUUGAAGGGUUACAGGCAGAGCCCUUGAUGACCCUAUUUAUGUACAGGGCUUUUGCUCAAAAAUAAAAUAAAAUUGCAGGAAUUUAAAAUGUGUUUGGGUCACAGUUCAAUCGUAAUCAUAAGGUAGUGCAUAGGGUCACUGUAAAUUAGUGCGGAAGAUUGUAUAUGACAGAUUUUACAAAACUGGCUGUGCAUGGUCAUGCUGUACAAGCCGAUUUCUGUCGAAAACUAGAUGAGCAAGUUUUCUUUUAAACACACAAACUGUGUCAGCCGGCAAUUAUGUUUGGCUUACAUUGCUUCGAUCUAUAUCUUUUUGGCCGACCCCUCGAGAUUCACGCUGAUCACGAACCCCUCUUAGGUUUACUGAGAGAAAAACGAGGGAUACAGCAGACGGCUUCGCCGAGAAUUCAACGGUGGGCACUCACUCUGUGUGUUUACACAUAUGCAAUGAGAUACGUGACGGAUCGUACAAGCGUAGUAACUGACGCCUUGAGUAGGCUUCGCAUUGUAGACGAUGGCGUCAAUGGGAAAUCUGUUUGUGAGACCGAGAAUCUUUUGCAGAACCCUGUCAACGCACCUAUAACCUCUCAACAACCUAGUAAACAUUGAGAGACCCUCUUUUAAGUCGGGUUAAAAGAGCCUUUCAGUCUGACUGGCCGUCCGCUACCUCCACCAAUUUUCAGGCAUCCCACUGCCGUCAGUACAAGUUAAUUCCACAAGACGGAUGCAUAUUAUGAGACAAUCGUGUAGUUGGGCCUACACAAGGCCGAAGGACUAUCUUCAGAUACCUUCAUAGUGCUAAUCCUGGUACAGUUAGAAUGAAAACUUUCGUCCCGGUUAUGUUUGGGGGCCCAAAAUUUACGCAGAUACAGAAAACGUAGGGAAAGCAUGUCCUCUAAGAUCUCUGCGGAAGUCCUCCUUCUCUGUUCCAGUGGUCAAACCAUGGAAUGACCUUCGCGCGGAAGUCGUGAAGUCACCAUCAAUACAAAGUGUCAAAAAGAAUCUUGAAAUAUUUAUGUUCCGAAAUGACCAAGAGCGAUGAGAAGUCGGUCUCACCCCUGUAACUCGUUCACAUUUUGCCCUGCCGUUAUGGGCAUGUUUAAACUAUUUCAGCCCAGAACAUUUUCUGUAUACCACACAUUUUUACGUUACAAAUAGAUCACUCAAAGGCUUACGCCUAUUACUCUCAAUAAACUGAACUGAAAUGAACACAUCUUAUCAACGAAGAGGGCCUAUUAGUAAGGGAAGGUUUAUUGAGAACGUUUGGGGAAAUAAGCAAGUCACAAGGGUAUGCGGAAGGAGAGUACUGUUAAAUGAACUAGGAACCGCGGAUUCAGAUCAAGCAAGCCACGAGCGAAACCGGAAGUAACCGCCGCCCAAGCAGGAGGCGUCAUUAAUCACCUCGUCCGGGACGGGCUUUUGGGUCACUACAAUAGGCAGAAUCAGAUCGGAUCAGGGAGAGUAAAAAAUAACAAAGAAUAGGCAAGCAGUUGAUUUGCGUCACAAAUUUUUGUGACCCUUUAUGUUUGCACUGAACUCGUUUUCUCGACGGUUUACACACUAUGUCAAUUCUAACAACUUUGCGCAUCAAUGUUUUCUGACAUUUGUUUUUCAAACAUUUCCUUAUUUUUAUUGCACCCUUUUUAGUAUCUGUGGGCUGUUUGUCUGCCAUAACGCCUCUUACUAGAUGCCUGUCUACUAGUUUACGCUGAGUACUUCACAUACGCUGAGUGCUUCACAUAUACUCAGAGCCUAACAAAAAUUCUUAGCUCGAAAUUCCUAUUAAAGCAGUCGCUCUUUUCGAGUGGUUCUGACUGUUUGCGCUCGCCAUUUUACUUGUCGUUCGUCAUCUGAGGCCUUUCUGUGUGCUCGAUCGGCACUCUGGAAUGUAACUGGGUUUGGUCAGUUUGUCAGUUAGUGUUCGCCAAGCAAAGCAAAAGGCCGAACAAGCUCCUGAAGAGUUUUUAAAAUUAUUCUGAGUUUUCGAACGCGUGCAGGAGUCCAUAAUCCACUCGAGAGUGCCCGCUAAGAUCUCUGAAUAAACCAAACCUUUGCUAAGGCUUUGAACAAGUGACUCUAAAACAACAGUUUUGUUUUGCCUUAGCCGGAAUAGAACCCUACGAGAUGUCAAGGCGAGGGACCUCUCUCCACGUAAAGAAUCUCGCAGAUGGCGUAAGGUACUACAUUUCCAUUAAUUACUAAGGUUUUAUAGGUUAGAGACCAGUACGUUAAGCGUAGAAUCUAUAGUUGUCAGUGACGCUCAGUGGGCAUAGAAGCUUUCUUUAAAACCAGACGUUAGCCUAUCCGGUCCUUUAUACUAAUGCUGCCGAAGGAAAAUUGGUAGUGGUUGGAAGGGAUAUUUAAGUAGGCGUAAUGGCAGCGGCCUUUUAAGAUAGGUCUUUGGGAUGUCAAACCCUUCGCAUCCAACAAUCUUGUUUUGCCCCACCAGUUCUGUUCCCGGGCGUGUCUAAGAGCAUAACUGGAAUCUCUCCGUUGCCUACUUUAGUACUUAACCCGUAGGUGUUCCCAUAUAAAUUCAGAUUUCUCAAACGUGCUCGCACUGCCAGCUCAUUUUCGGCGACUGCGUUUUCUCCCGCAUAGCUUUGUGCCUUUGCUGGGUGCCCUUAUAACAUCUCACUCGCCCAGGGCAAGUUCCCACGGUUAAUCUACUGUUCUUUUUGUGAUUGGCCGACUCCUCUCAAUAGUCCCUGCAGGCACAAUCCGCCCAGUACUCCCUCCGCGGGAUUGGAUUCAGCGGCGGGGAUGUUGCAACCGGACCGGGUUGUGUCCUACUGGACACGGCAUGUCAAUGAGAUCACUAGCCACACACGAGCCCGCGAAUCAGAUCUGCUAGUGCGGAACAAAACGGGUUAGUACAAUGUUGUCAGGGUGUUUGGAUGCCGUUUAUGUGGCAGGGAACAGUCACAACCAUUGCGUAUGGGGUCAGGUCUUUUUAAACACGUCCUGUCUGUGGUCUCAUCCACGAUUUACCUGCACGGUCAACCAUCUGACCUUUUUCGAUCAAUUGGUCACGCAAUCGGUAUGACUUCGCUGUCAUUCAAAAACUCUGCUGUUCGGCUCUUAUGUCAAUUAUCGAAAGCUGUACGAAGGCGACAUUAGCACAAAUCAACCCCGGUAAUCACGGACUAUCCUUCAGAACCGCGUUCCCUCCGUCAGGUCGUUGGCGCCUAUGUUCCGAAGCUAUGUCGGCUGUUUAUAUGCCUGCCACUCUUCGUAGUUCACAUUCUGUAUACACAUUUGUCUUAUCUAUGCUAACCGUAACCCCCACAACCCCGGUGAAUCAUACUCGCUCCGAGCUAGUUCCUACUUCUAGUCUUCGGUCAUUUUCGUGAUAGCUGACUCCUGCCGGAUGUCCCUGCAGGUACGACCACCCAACAAUCCCUUCGCGUGAUUGAUGUCAAAGGCCAGUCGGAUCACUAACCGCACACAGUCCAGAAGGUCUGAGCCGUUAGUGCAACGUUAUCAGGGAACCGUUGCAAGGAAGCCCGUUCUUUUCGGCACCACAUAAAUAUAGAAGCUUUUUGUUGAGUGAGAUUUGCCUCAGCUAACGCAGUAUUUGUCCGUUUAUAGCGUCGGAUCAGUGUGUGGCUGUUUAUCAGGCUUAACACGAACUUUGACUCGUAGCCCUGUGCUAACGAUGAGUCAAAAACGCCCGUCUGUUGAGUACCUUGUCUGGACCCACUCAAUUUCUAAUGAAAUACUAUGUUCUAUUAGUGUCUAUCCAUACCGCUCCUCUGACGGGAUGAUCGUGUGUACGAAUUAGUCACGAUUGUUUACAGGCGAAUUUUUUUGGUACACCUGAGUUUUCUUCAAUGAUGGUUCAUAAGCACCCUAUGCGUAUGGUAAAUUCGGACAGAAUUUCCAAUGAUACUCUCGCAAUCUUUCCCCACUGUUGUAGGCACGAGGAGUUGCGGCGCGUAUUUGGAAAGUACGGGCACUUGCUGGACGUUACAGUGCCCGUUAAUUUCCAUACUGGUCGACCGAAGGGCUUCGCCUUUGUGGAAUAUCCUUUUACGGAGAACGUCGUUUUUUCUUUGUUAUCUUCAUACCACCCCCCUAGUUUACUAUAAGUUUCCUUAACCUGUCCAAACGUUCGAAGAUAGACGGGAUGCCGAAGAUGCGCUUCAUUAUCUCAAUCAGACUCGUCUGUGGGGUCGCGAAAUAUCCGUCGAAUUUACCCGUGGAACUAGAAAAAGUAAGCUCAUUUUUAGUUUCUUCAGAAUUCAUUCUUGCUCCUACAUGCAAUUGUCUAUUAAUUCUAUGUCCCGUUAGACUGUCUUCCAGUCCCAAACGUUUAGUUUAGUUCAUAGUUUCCGGUCCUUGGUUUCGACGUUUUCUUUCGCUCCCCUAUGAUUUGGUGCUUUAAUUGCUUGUAUUUUAGUGCUCGCAGCUUCUCUCACGUAAUCAGCUUCGUAGCUCCGUGACGCUAACUAAAUAGAAUGGCAAUAAUUUCUUUUUCAGUUACUGAAAUGCGACUUUUUGGCCCGGUUAAGGUUCCCAAUUCAAUGCCCAUUCAUUCAAUUUCAAUGCCAAUGCUCUAUGGUUCUGUCUAUACUGCCACUGGAGUGCCCAAGAACUUUGAGCGCGUCAGUUUGACGCCCCUUUGGUCAGGUUCCUGGGACAGCCAAUUUUAGCCGGCAAAUUAGCUAUUUUGUUCCGAUUAUCUCAGCACCCGCAGAGAUGCGUCUGAGAGACCAGGGCUCGCGCAGUCGCCGAGACAAUAGGUCCUAUCGACCUCGUAGCCGUUCGCGUUCCCGCUCCCGCUCCUACCGUGGACGCCGAGAUCGCUUAGAUGACUCUGAUCGCAAAGAAUACAGUGCUCGACGUCCCGCGAGAUCUAUUUCCCGCAGUCCCUCAGCUGACGGACGCGCGAAAAAUGGCCGUAGACAAUCAUCUGUACGAGAUGACUCUCCUGUUGAAGAUCGAUGGAGAGACGAUCGAAGGUCGCGCCCGAGGUAAGACGCCGCAUUGUCUUUACUAACGACUUUAUUGGUAGGUUAAGGCCACUUGAGACAUAAUGCCGUAUUUCCCAUUUAGAUCCUCUAGCAUUAGAAGCCGCAGUGGUGAUUCAAGGCGCCCCUCUCGGCAGCGGUCAAAAGGAGACCGCGAAAGGUCACCGGUCUCAGAACGUGGUAGUCGCUCGCCGAUAGAACAUAAUGACUACGGAGCAAAGAAGGACGAGUACCGCCGCAGGUCGCGCUCUGACAGGUCUUCACCUUCUCGGGGGCGACGAGGGCUGUCAUCUUCACCUGAAGCAUUGUAACCUCCCGGUUGGUGGAUUGAGAAGCAGAACGCAGACUUUUAGUCGGAUUUUCAUUUUCGACUGUGUAUUUGUAUGUGUUGUGCUUAUGUCUACAAACCUCGGGGUAGUUUCUACACCACAUUUUACCAUGUUUAUUGAAUAAAUACAUGAAUGUAAAUCCAUGCCUUAUUUUCACUGAUAGGUUUGGCGUGUAAGCUGUUAUUGCGUUUAUCAAGUCUUUGAACCUUUACUUUACAUGCGUAUUUCGUGCUGAACUAUCGGCUUUGUCGUCUCUGCGAAAUUCAUCUGAUUGAUUCACAUAUUUUUUUGCACGGUCGUCUCGUAACGACGCGGGAUCCGGUCCUAUUCCAUUAUGAAACCUGCAUCCGCCCGUUUCUGAUGUUUUUCUUCUGUAGUCCUGCAUAUUUUAUUGGUUGUUUAACGGCCUAGGCUUUUUGGUUCUGCGACUUUGUGUACCGUGUGUACACAAUUACUUCAGAACAGAUGCGCUGAGUUGGCUGAUCGUUCCCUCCACUGGCACAAUGUCGGGUCAAACCGUUUUACGAGGUUCCCCACCUAGCUCUGAGGCACUAGAGGUUCGUAAUCGUUUUUUUUUCGUUACAAUAGUCUCCUAGGGCCGACGGUUCAGUUCGUCUUAUCGUUCUGGCGUUUUGCGUAAGGCAAAUUAAGUUAAAUUCUUGCGCUGUGUUUUGUUUGCUGUCUAGUAUCCUCCCACAGUGUCAUCGGUUAUCAUGACAGUGGUGUUUGUGUAGGUGACGCGAUUGUCGACACGUGCGUGUCCGAAAUAUGGGUCGGGCUGUUCUGGCGGUCUUAAACCCGAGACCAUACAGGUUAGCCACCCCACUUAUUCUCCGGUUGGCCUGGCCCAGGCUUGCUUGGUGUACAAUGGGAAGGAGCGAGAAAGCGGAGCCGGUGUUGCACAUAUUGCUUUCAACAAUAGGGCGUGGCGCGGCCGUAGUUUGUGGCUUUGAAGGCUGCGAGCUGUUGGGGCAACUCAGUCCUCCGAGCUAAAGGUUAGGUCACAGUGGCUUAGUGGGACUCCAUGACACCUCUCGCUAAUGCGAGCCCUGGGUGAUUUAAAUCUGUCUCGGGUGUGUCGUGGAGCCGGUCGGGGGCGCCACGCAUAUGUGAGGACUGCCAGGUCAACCACUCAUCCCACUCUAUCUCCACUCAGCUUAAUCCGUUUUUGCCCGUGACGAAAAGUUUGAGAUAGGUCUAAGAGCCGCCUCUGCUUCUCCACGCAUAAAUUGCCCUAUCGCUUGUGACGAGUGAACUGUGGAAGUCUUGGCGGGGCCUUCUCAACUAAGAUGAGACGCGUUUGAAAAUUUGAUUUGGAGGUGCGGGGGCGCUGUCCAUGUUUCAUGUCCGACCACGAAGAUUAUACGUUCUUGAUUCUGUAUAUUAAUAUGCUACAACCUCAUAUGUCUCAGUAUUGCAUAGAUUCCUUAACGCGUUAACGGCAUAUGCUCAUGACUGACGGUGUUCCGCACCAUCCCGCCCAGUUCGUCUCUCCUCAAAUUGAGGUCUCUUGCUUCACUGCGCACCAGGUGAAGGGGCUGUUCAAAUAGAGGUGUCGUAUACAAAGUUCCUGGGUAAUAAUUGAUCCAACCAUUAAACAAGUUUAGCUGAGGUUUUACUACGCUUUGUUUCGUACGUCCUACACCUGAUACGGGUACCAGUAAUUCUUAUCUUAUUAGGAUGAUAGCUAGCCUUCCAACGAAAGCUCCAUGCUCUCUACUAAUGUCGAAUUGGCGGUGGAUCCACGAAUCUUAACGAAUAGGGGAUGAGAACGGCCCAUGGAGUUUGAGCGGCCGCGAGUCUCCUUUCUGUCCUAUUUCUCAAUCGUUUACUUGUUACUUCUCAAUCGUUUGAUUGGCUCCAAAUCUGUGAGGGCGCUCCCGACUUUCAUUCGUUAAAGACAUUUUCAUGCCUUGACUCACCUGUGAUUCACGAUAAUUUUCACUUGUAUAUGUGAAAGUCGGACGAUAUUUGGACCUGGGCAGAAACUCGAAGCAUAAUCUCCGUCCAACACCUUGCCGACAUCAAUAAACGUCAAACCCCCUAAGAGAUGCGUAACGACGACGCACUGAUGAGUUUCAUCAUGCCCGGGUCUCACCUGCUCAUCUUAUUGCCCUAAGUUACAGCCACAUGCAAUACUGACCCGUAGGAUUAAUUGAAGUGGUUAUGUAUCUUGCUGCAGUAGAUGCUGUCUCAAUUUGACAUGUUCUUACUGGUGUGUCUUCGUUCUUUACACGAAUGAUUUUAUACCUUAUGUGAAGUAAAGCCUCAUAUGCUGCUUCGAUUACUGGGGGCGACACGUUUCCUCAAAAAUUAAGACAACCGACCGUCUGGGUAUUAUGAGACAGAAGGGCACCAGCUCUAAUGAAACCGUGGACAGAAUGUGCAUUAGUUUUCGAAAUAGAGAGUAAAUCUUGUGACCUGUUGGGCCUACGGAGUUCUCAUCUCCAUCAGUUUGCCUAGUCCGUCCUUGAAUUAGACUCAUUGAAUUGACUCGCAACUACUUCUUCCGUAUUCUGCCAAAUGUUAUGUUGAGUGAAAGUCUGAGCUAUAGGGCAUUACGGCCACCUCAUUCCCGCUAUGGGUUGGGAUGGCCUUCCUGACCAGACCUGUGUCCGGCUUGCGAAAUAACUGUUAUAAGUAUAAUGACUAGUAGCACUGGAUUUGGAAGCCAAGGUUUUCACAGUGUGCCUGCUCUCCAAUUCCAUGCUUUUCCUGUUUUAGGUGGACACAAUAUUGUAG